AUAUACUAACCCUCAAAAAAUUGGUUAAAUCCAUUAUUUUUUAGCAUAAAUAUAGUCUACUAUCUUUCUUUUCAAUAUUUAGGGUGAAAUUACCACUAAAGUAGUAAAUCCAGCAUCUUUAAAAUGUUGCAAGAACGAAAUCUAUUUUUUUUAGGGGUAGGAGAAAUCUAACAACUAGGUUUGCUAUGUCGAAGUCUUUCGUCUCUCAGUGAUUGAAAUGAAUAAUUAAAAAAAAAAAAAAAAAAAGGGUGAUGAAGAAGCUCAAAAGAAGAAAAAGCAUCUUCUUCUUCUUCUUCUAAAACAAAACAACAGACAAUGAAUAAAAAUCGAACCUGGUGUUUCCCUCCUGUAAUUCCUCGUCACCUCCACAUUUCUCAGACUCGUAGUUUCGCCGCCACACUCGUCGAGCACCGGACUCUCCACAACCCACAACCACCUCAACACCACCAUCCAUUUCAGAUAGACGGAUCAAAAUUGGAGUCCCAGAAGAACCACCAUAACCAACGAGAAAACAGAUCGAUACCCUUUUCGCAGGCUCAGAGUCCACGACAGCUUCUCAUUUCCCUUAUCAAAUCGACCACCCAGAAGACCCAUUUGCUCCCAAUCCACGCCCACAUUCUCCGUACGUCCCUCAUUCAAGACCACUCUGUUUCCCUCCAGUUCUUGUCCCGAGCCGCGCUCUCUCCGGUUCGAGACUUGGGCUAUUCCCGCCUGUUCUUCUCUCAGAUACCGGAACCCAAUGUUCUUCAAUACAACACCAUGAUCAGGGCUUACUCCAUGAGUGAUUCUCCUGAGGAAGGGGUUUACAUGUACCGGGAAAUGCGAAGGCGAGGCCUCUGUCCCGACCCUGUUUCGUCUUCGUUUGCCUUGAGGUCUUGUAUUAGAGUUUCGUCUUUGGAAGGAGGAAUUCAGGUUCAUGGAAGGGUUUUGAGAGAUGGGCAUCAAUCGGAUAGCCUUUUGAUGACUACUUUGAUGGACUUGUACUCUUGCUGUGAGAGAUUUCCUGAAGCACGCAAACUGUUUGAUGAUAUACCUAGGAAAGAUACUGUUGCUUGGAAUGUGUUGAUAUCUUGCUUUCUGCGUAAUAAACGAACUAGAGAUGCUAUAAGUUUGUUUGAUAUCAUGCAAAGCGAAACUUAUGCAUGUGAACCGGACGAUGUGACAUGUUUGCUUAUGCUUCAAGCUUGUGCGAACUUGAAUGCAUUGGAAUUUGGUGAGCGGGUUCAUGGAUACAUGGAAGAACAUGGCUAUAGUGGUGCUCGUAAUCUGUGUAAUACUCUUAUAUCAAUGUACUCGCGAUGUGGGUCCUUGGAUAAGGCUUAUGGGGUCUUUAAGGGAAUGCGAGAUAAAAAUGUGAUUUCAUGGAGUGCUAUGAUUUCAGGUUUUGCAAUCAAUGGAUAUGGGAGGGAAGCUAUUGAUGCAUUUGAAGAGAUGCAGAGAAUGGGUGUUCAGCCUGAUGCGCAGACUUUUACAGGAGUUCUUUCUGCUUGCAGUCAUUGUGGCUUGGUUGAUGAAGGGAUGAUGUUUUUCGACCGAAUGAGCAAAGAUUUCAGGAUAGAACCUAACAUCCAUCACUAUGGAUGCGUAGUUGAUUUAUUGGGUCGUGCUGGUAUGCUCGAUCGUGCAUAUCAGCUUAUACUGUCAAUGAAUAUUAAGCCGGAUUCAACAAUAUGGAGGACUUUACUUGGAGCUUGCAAAAUUCAUGGAAAUGUAAACCUUGGAGAACGUGUUGUUGGACAUUUGAUUGAACUUAAGGCUGCAGAAGCUGGAGAUUACGUUCUGUUGUUAAAUAUUUAUUCAUCGGUUGGUAAUUGGGAGAAGGUAAAAGAAGUGAGGAAACUUAUGAAGGAGAAGGCAAUUCAAACUACUCCUGGCUGUAGCACAAUUGAAUUGAAAGGAAUAGUACAUGAAUUUGUUUCUGAUGAUGUUUCACAUCAACGAAAAGAUGAAGUAUAUAUGAUGUUGGAUGAGAUUAAUAGUCAGCUGAAGAUUGCAGGCUACGAAGUUGAAAUAUCAUCUGAAUUGCACAACUUGGGAGCAGAAGAAAAAGAGUAUGUGCUCUCUUAUCAUAGUGAGAAGUUAGCAAUUGCUUUUGGAAUCCUUGCAACUCCUCCUGGCACCACAAUCAGAGUGGCCAAAAAUCUCCGCAUAUGUGUUGAUUGUCACAAUUUUGCGAAAGUUCUCUCUUGGGCUUAUAACAGAGAAGUAAUCAUCAGAGAUCGGACCCGCUUUCAUCAUUUCCGAGAUGGACACUGCUCUUGCAAUGAUUACUGGUAGGAAUUUUUAUGGUUGGAGAACACAAAUUUACCGUGAGUGAGCAACUGGGAUUAUUUUGCUGCAUAUGAAAUGGCUGGUUCUUAUGUAGAUUAUGGGAAAAUCCUGGCUCCAUCAUGUUCAUAUUAUGCCCUGUCUGAUGGCAGUACAUUGAAGAUCGAAAUAUGUUUUGCGACGACUAUAUCAUUUCAUGUCGUGGGGAAGAGAGCAGUUUCAAGUUUCGAAAAAGAGCUGUUGGAUAGGUGUUUCCUUUUUUGAUGAUACACUGUAAUCUUCUAAUUUAUGCUAACUUCUAAGGCUUUGUCUAGUACCCACAAAAGGAAGAAGGCUCAAUAUAAAGAAAAUGGAAGCUUCAAUAAAAUUUUAAUUGAUCCUUUUAAUUGCUUAAUUGAAAAUUUGUAGCUUAUGUUUUUCUAUUCCUUAAUCAAAAGAGAAAAUCACCCAUGUAUGAGCCA